UUGGCAGCAAUAAACUCACUGCAUGUGUGAAUGUAGCUUGAGUGUGAGGUAUCGCUCUUUUCUUCCUUUCAAUCACAGGAGCAAAAGACACAGCACACAUGAAGCCCUUUUUCUGACCCAUUUGUGAACCAUAUGGCUUCCCAUAACAAGUGAAGGAGCGAAGCUCUGUGCUCUGUCCUAGUUUCUUAGUCGUGCGAUGCUGAGCCGAGAGGGUGAGUAGGAAUCUCCCAGGAUGGCGUUAGGAGGAGGCGGAGGCAGAUGCUGGGGCUGGGGUUGGGGAUGGAUGCUGUCAACGCGCUCCCGUUAGGCGCGUAUCCUCGCCGCAGUGCCAGCUCACAGUCUCGCAGUCUCGUGGCCGGAGAGCGCCACUUUUAACCCGUAGAAGCGUAUAAGAGCUCCGCUCGGACCGGACAGUGCUUUAAAGGGUGCAGCGGGUGAGAGGGAGGAGAAAGAGGGGGUCCACUGCCGGACAGAGCAUGGACCCCCUGGCCGCCGAAACUCGUGCGCAGGAGGCGCGGAGCGAGACCUCCGGUGGGCGGCUUGGAGCUAGCGGCGGAGAAGCGCGCGAGCUGCAGGCGGACUGCGGGAGGGACGAGGCGGCCGCGGGCGGCAUCGUGGACAGAGAGGAGCCGCUGGAGGAAAAAAUGAAAGGUCUGGCGUUCAGGAAGCAGACGUCAUACAGGAAAGCCAUAUCUCGCUCGGGUCUGCAGCACCUGGCCUCAGUCCAGAAGCCUCUCCCUGCUGUGACCAACGGACCAGCCAAGGAGCUGCGUGCCACCAUCGACUGGAGUGAGAAUGCAGUAAAUGGGGAGCACCUGUGGCUUGAGACUAACUGCUCUGGAGAGAUGUGUUACCUUGGCGAGGAGACGUGCAUAGUGAAGAUUGCAAAGUCAGCUCCCCGGAGGAAAUGUGCAGCAUGUAAGAUCGUUGUACACACAGCGUGCAUCGAGCAGCUGGACAAGAUAAAUUUCCGCUGCAAGCCUACAUUUAGGGAAGGAAACUCUCGGAGCAUUCGUGAUAAUGUAUUAAGACAUCACUGGGUCCAUCGACGAAGGCAAGAGGGAAAAUGUCGUCAGUGUGGCAAGAGUUUCCAGCAGAAGUUCUUCCACAGUAAGGAGAUUAUCGCUAUCAGCUGCUCAUGGUGCAAGCAGGCAUUUCACAACAAGGUGACGUGUUUCAUGCUGCAACAGAUCGAGGAACCUUGCUCUCUGGGUGCACACGCCGGGGUCAUUGUACCUCCCUCUUGGAUUAUUAAAGUGAAGAAGCCACAGAGCUCGUUCAAAAACUCCACUCGGAGGAAAAAACGGACCUCUUUCAAACGAAGAACCAGCAAAAAGGGCACGGAUGAGGCAAAAUGGCGUCCGUUUAUACUGAAGCCUGUGCCUUCUCCACUAAUGAAACCUGUGCUGGUGUUCGUUAACCCUAAGAGUGGGGGAAAUCAGGGGAACAAGUUGCUGCAGAUGUUCAUGUGGUCUCUGAAUCCACGGCAGGUCUUUGAUCUCUCCCAGGGAGGGCCUAGAGAAGCGUUGGAAUUGUACAGGAAAGUGCCAAAUCUUCGCAUCCUUGCCUGUGGAGGUGACGGAACGGUGGGCUGGAUCCUAUCGGUGCUGGACGAACUACAGAUGAACCCACAGCCUCCUGUUGCUGUUCUUCCCCUUGGCACAGGAAACGACCUCGCCAGGACACUCAACUGGGGAGGAGGUUACACAGAUGAGCCAGUGUCCAAGAUCCUGUGUCAUGUGGAGGAUGGGACUGUGGUCCAACUUGACCGCUGGAAUCUGCAGGUGGAGCGUUCGCCUGCACAGCCCGAGGAGGGCACUCAAAAGCUUCCUUUGAACGUGUUCAAUAACUACUUCAGCCUUGGCUUUGAUGCUCAUGUCACUCUCGAGUUCCAUGAAUCUAGAGAGGCCAACCCUGAGAAAUUCAACAGCCGCUUCCGCAACAAGAUGUUCUAUGCAGGGGCUGCCUUUUCUGACUUCCUACAGAGGAGCUCCAGGGACCUGUCCAAGCAUGUCAGAGUGGUGUGUGACGGUACGGAUCUCACAGCCAAGAUCCAGGAGCUGAAGUUUCAGUGCAUUGUCUUCUUAAACAUUCCCAGGUACUGUGCAGGGACUAUGCCCUGGGGUAACACAGGUGACCACAGAGACUUCGAACCUCAGCGGCAUGAUGACGGCUGUAUCGAGGUUAUCGGAUUUACAAUGGCCUCCUUGGCAGCGCUGCAGGUUGGAGGUCACGGUGAGCGACUACAUCAGUGCAGAGAAGUGAUACUCACUACCUACAAAACAGUGCCUGUGCAGGUGGAUGGAGAGCCAUGUCGCUUGGCACCAUCCACACUUCGUAUCUCACUCCGUAACCAAGCCAACAUGGUGCAGAAAAGCAAGAGACGCACAUCUGUUCCACUGCUUAAUGACAUUCAGAAAGUGUGCGCAGCAGAUCUGCGCCGCCUCUCUGCUCCCCCUGACUCCUUCUCGGUUCCUCACAUGGUGCCUGAACGCCUACGACUGCGUGUCAAUCGCAUCGGCCGGCACGAAUAUGAAAGCUUACAGUUGGACAAGGAGCGACUACGUGAAGUCUCGACCCCUGUCGGCAUCGUGGUGGUACGAGGAGACUGUGACCUAGAAACUUGUCGACUCUACAUUGACAGACUGCAGGAGGAUCUGCAACAGACGCCCUCUGCUGGUCAAAGAGUGCACUAUCAGGAUGAGAGCAGAGUUUUGCAUCGGCCCACUUCUGCACACAGACUCUCCACUAAUUGGAGCUUCUUAGACUCCACAUCCGCUGAUCGCUUUUACCCUAUAGAUAAGGCUCAGGACCAUCUGCAUUUUGUGACAGAGAUUUGUCAGGAUGAGGUCUUCAUCCUGGACCAUGAGUCACCGCAAGUGUGCCAAACCAGAGCCCCUAAAAUGCCAGAUGUGGUGGUUGAGCCCAGCUCAGGGGUUUCGUUGACUCCAGAAGAACAAGCAUUGCUGAUAGCAGCGAGCUCAGGUGACUUGGCUGUGUUGGCGAGCUCAUGCAGUAGUGGUCUCAGCUUGUUGAUUAGGGACACAGAAGGUCACUCUGCUCUGCACCUCGCCUCGCAGAAUGGACACACUGACAUCGUUAGCUUCAUCCUGCAGCAUGUUUCAAAGUUAAUUCUGGAUCUUUCUGACAAGGAAACCGGCGAUACUGCACUUCACAAAGCUGCAUAUCAAAGACACCAUGCAGUCUGCAGACUCCUGCUGGAAGCUGGGGCUUCUCCUAACAAAGUUAACUUUGUGGGGAAAACUCCUAAAGACUGUGCUCAGGAAGCUGGAGACUCUGAUUUGGCCUGCUAUCUGGGGAGCAAGGUGUCUGAACAGCCAGCCACACGUGAGGAUUUAGAGACAGCAGUGUGAAGAAACACUAGGAAACUUGGUUCCUCCAAAAGACUCCGGCUUUCACAGCUCAUAGAAGUACCAGAGUCCACUUUCUCACAUGUAGAGAGAGAGAGAGAGAGAGAGAGAGAGAGAGAGAGAGAGAAAGGGGAUAUAAGAUGGAGAGGUGAGAAGGUCACAGCAAAGACCUAAAGUAGCCUCACAGAGACACGAAUGGGAGAGUUUUCUCGAGCAGAAACCCCUACGAAGAGAGAAAAAGGUUGUUGGUGCUUCGUGGAGAUCACUGUGGGUUUAGAAUGACUUUGAGCAGAUUUGCAUUGGUAUUUAUUUAUUGCUUAUUUAUUGAUUUAUUUAUUGAAAGACUGAUUGUAUGUACUUUAAGAGACGUCGUUUUCCUCUGGUUGAGCCUAUGUUUGGGUACAGUAGUAUGAGGUAUUACAUAGCAGAUAGAUGCAGUGAAAAUUUGCAUAGUGCAGUUUCCACAAACUGUGACAGAGUUAUCCCGAGGAACAGCAGGCACACAAGACACUUCUGCCUAAGCCAGCCACCUCUCCUAUACACCUUGUCGUGUAUGUGUAGAUGUAUAUUUCCAUCCAUUAUUACAAUUGUACUACCAACCCAGGCAGGUAAAGGCCAUAAGCUUCCUUUCAGCCAUGAGGAGUUUGCCAUCACAUUUCUUCUUCACCACCAGUCAUGCAUCAGUGACACUAAUUGUCAGUAUGCUUACAUGAGAACACUGAGUACUUGUUUCCUGGAUCAGGAGGAGUAUACUGCUCCACUAGCUGAACAGAUUGAUUCCUACUGCCUGAACCUAACACACCUCCUAAUAUUUCUAUUGUUACAUAAACAACUGAUUAAAACUUUCGAUAUUUUGUGCCUCUUAAUCUGGAUAUGUCUUUAUUUGACUCAGCAGUAAAAGAGGGUGCCUCAUGUCCAUUUCAUAUCAGAACAAGUGAAGGUUGAGGAAGGUCAUUCAUUAUGGAAAAUCAGUGAACAAGUAUCUGUGUACAAAUAAUCCAUAGCUUUUAACUAUAAUCUGACAUCAGUUUUUUUUGUUUUGUUUUGUUUUAUUUUGUGUGCAGUUACAGUGGUUGUGACAGUAAAUUAUUUAUCUUAAGAAACAAAACAUCAUAAUCUGAGCCAUAUUCAAUGCAAUAUGAAUAGAUAACGUGCAUUAAUCUCUCUCUCUUUUGUUUUAUUUUUUUUAUACAUUACAUUAAUGUUAAUAGGCAAAUGGUCAUCUAGGGCACCUACAAGCUACAUGAUGGGGUAUUUUAUUCAGUUUAAGUGAUGGUAAAUAAUUUGUCUUACUUUGUCAGAUCCUACAAAAUUUUCGAGUUCAUGCGUUUAGCACUUCAAACAUCAGUUUCAAGAUUGUGACAAAAUGGCAUAAACCAGAGCAGUGAGGUUCAACAAGACACAAGCAGCAUGUGUGCAUCCUCUGAUCAGAAAACAGCUUUUGAUGUUCGUUUUGGUAAGCCUGCAAAUAAUCAUAGUGGCCACAUCCUGUUGCAUAAAAAAAAAACAAUGCGAGUUAAAAAUAAAGCAAUUGCAUGAAAAUGGUCAUGAUGGAAACUUGUUACAUCUGCUGUGAGAGUGGUUUAUAUAUUACUGACCUACUGUGUUAUUUUGUAUUAUUUGUGAUUUUAUUUUGCAUGAGUUUUUGUUCCUAAGAUUUUUUUCUGCUCAAUGAUGAGGUUAUAAAAUGGCAUUAUUUCUGUUACUUUUUUUUGUUAAACAUAAAUUAUCAAAAUCACUUGCUUGAUUAUAAUUUUUUUAAUGUUUGAAUGAUGGAAAUACUUGAAUAAUGUAUAUUUUUUCAUUUAUAAUUGUGCAUUUUAGUCUCAUCGCUCUAUACUAGUGGAAUCUGAUGACUAAUGGCCAUUCAUGUGUUAGACCUUAUGUCUAUUUUCAAUAUUGGAAUGUUAUUCAUUAAAGAAUGAACGGAGUGGAAACUACA